AUGAAUCGGUCUCGUACUUCUAUUUCAACAAAUAGUCAUGCAAAAGGAAUUCAAAUUACAAUGAGGAGAAAAUCUCAAGGUCAAUCUUCAAAAAGAUUCAACUGCGGUAUAUGCUUCGAUUCCUUAACAUUCUCUAAUAUCUUCACAAACACUUCAUGCAACCAUCCAUUUUGUACUAACUGCAUAUCCAAGUACGUGAAUGUUCAAAUAAACAAAAAUGCGGUUAAAGUAUGUUGUCCAAAUCCAGAAUGUUCUGUGGAACUGAAACCACAACAUUUGCAAUCCAUUUUACCUAAGCAAGUCAUUGUUGAAUGGGAAUCUGCAAUUUGCGAGUCUUCAAUUUCUUUGAGGAAAAGAUUUUACUGCCCUUACAAGAAUUGUUCUCUUUUGUUGGUGAAUGAUGGAGUUGAUGUUGUUACAAGUUGUGAAUGUCCUUCUUGUCAUAGACUAUUCUGUGCACAAUGUAAGGUUCCAUGGCAUGCAGACAUGAGUUGCCGGAGAUUUCAGAAGUCGAAAACUGGUCGGGAUAAUGAAAAACAAUUGGAUGAGAAAUUUUAUGAGUUAGCUAAAAGAAAAAAGUGGCAGAAAUGUCCCAAAUGUUCUAUACAUGUUCAGAGAACUGGUGGAUGUGAACACAUAUCAUGCAGGUGUGGUUGUAACUUCUGCUACAAGUGUGGUAAAGAUUGGAAACAUGGACAUACGUGCAAUACUACUAGAUUAUAA